GACGCGGUGCUGGCUGACUUCGCGUCGCCCUUCCACGAGCGCCACUUCCACUACGAGGAGCACCUGGAGCGCAUGAAGCGGCGGAGCAGCGCCAGCGUCAGCGACAGCAGCGGCUUCAGCGACUCCGAGAGUGCAGAUUCAUUUUACAGAAACAGCUUCAGCUUCAGUGAUGAAAAACUGAAUUCUCCAACAGACUCCACCCCAGCUCUGCUCUCUCCCGCCGUCACUCCUCGGAAAGCCAAACUAGGAGACACGAAAGAGCUAGAAGACUUUAUUGCUGAUCUUGACAGAACAUUAGCAAGUAUGUGAGAAAAGAAGUUCUGGGUCCUUUCAUCAUAAGGGAAAAGCUUCAGAAAGCUCCGAGGACCUGGUAAAAUCAGCUACAGAAUUUGCUGCCAGAAGGAAUAGAGAUGAGCACACGCCUACCACCAGGCCAUUCCCAGCUGGUCCUAAAACUAGCCUUUGGGCUCAUCCUUGAGCAAUUUCGACAGUGAAACUGACUUUGUUUACCUGCUUGCAGCAUAUUAGAGCAGACCACUCAUGCUAAUAUUGUAUUUCUCUUAAAAGAUGGCUUUCAUGUAAUUUAAAGUGCUUUUAUGAAAAUAUUUGUAAUUAAUUAUAUAUAGUUGGAAACAGUGAUAUGCUUUCCUCAGUAUAAUAUAUUUUUGUAUGCAAAUAAAAUUUGAACUGGAAUCUG